UGGAAGAACAGAACAGCUGAGCUCCUCGCCAAAAAACAGCCAUUAAAAACCAGUGAGGUAUACUCUGACGAUGAGGAGGAGGAAGAAGAUGACAAAUCCAGUGAAAAGACAGACCGCUCAUCCCAAACACCAUCCUCUGAUGAAGAAGAAGAGAUCCCUCCGAAAUCACAACCCGUGUCCUUACCCGAAGAACUGAAUCGGGUUCGAUUAUCACGGCAUAAGCUGGAACGUUGGUGUCAUAUGCCCUUCUUUGCUAAAACUGUCACAGGAUGUUUUGUACGGAUUGGCAUUGGAAACCACAACAGCAAACCAGUUUACCGGGUUGCUGAGAUCACGGGUGUUGUGGAAACCGCCAAGGUUUACCAGCUUGGUGGCACCAGAACAAACAAAGGGCUACAGCUACGGCAUGGCAAUGCCCAACGGGCAUUCCGCCUAGAGUUUGUCUCAAACCAAGCAUUCACUGAAAGCGAAUUCAUGAAGUGGAAAGAAGCGAUGUUUUCUGCUGGCAUGCAGUUGCCCACUCUAGAUGAAAUCAAUAAGAAGGAAUUAUCUAUUAAAGAAGCUCUUAAUUAUAAAUUCAAUGAUCAAGACAUUGAAGCGAUUGUAAAAGAGAAAGAAAGGUUCAGGAAAGCUCCGCUUAACUAUGCCAAGAAAAAGACUCAGCUGCUAAUGGAAAAGGCCAUGGCGGAGGACCUGGGGGAUCAGGACAAGGCCAAACAAAUCCAAGACCAGCUGAAUGAGCUGGAGGAGCGGGCAGAGGCCCUGCACCGCCAGUGGACCAAGAACAUAUCUGCUAUCAGUUACAUCAACCAGCGGAACCGGAAAUGGAAUAUUGUGAAGUCUGAGAAGGCCCUUGUGGCUGAAAGUCACAACAUGAAAAACCAACAGAUGGAUCCCUUUACCAGACGGAAAUGCACACCUAUCAUCGUUUCUAAUUCCAGAAGCCCAGCUGUUCAAGCUGCCAUCUUGGCUCAGCUGAAUGCAAAGUAUGGUUCUGGAGUGUUACCGGAUGCCCCAAAGGAAAUGAGCAAGGGUAAGGGAAAGGAUAAAGAUUUGAAUUCUAAGUCAGCCAGUGACCUCUCAGAAGACUUGUUCAAAGUACAUGAUUUCGAUGUGAAGAUUGAUUUACAAGUUCCCAGCUCAGAGUCAAAGGCUUUGGCCAUCACCACCACGGCUCCACCAGCCAAGGAUGGGGCUCCAAGGAGAUCUCUGGACUUGGAAGACUACAAAAGACGACGGGGGCUUUUUUCUCACCCAGCAGCCUGCUGCCUCUGA